AUGGAGUCAUCUCCACCCAUCGAGGAAAUUCCAGCCGCUUUAGGAAAUAGAGCAAUCAACCAAGCCAUCGGUCUCCCCGAAAAGAUUGAAAUCGACAUGUUCAGCAACAUGGACCGAUUGGAGGAGCCCGAAGAUUUUUGCCUCUGGCUGCGCAACAUGACGCGUCUCUUAAAGACUGCUGGCUUGGACAAGCUAAUCGAUAUCCAUAUCCCAAGACCUGAGGGGCAGAACGAGGAAUCCAAACGCUGGCUGCUCUACUCGAAACUAGUGCAACACUAUCUUUCUGAGAGCGUUGCAGAUGACCUUUUACACGAUAUUGUCUCCCUAGGAAAGCAUAUCAAGCUGGCUGAUGAGUUCGUUGACCAAGCGAAAAGAGCCUUCCAAACCCCAGGUGUGUACGCAGAUCUGGAUGGGAUUGCCAGUAUCUGCUCCAUUCAACUGUCCAACCACAAGACACCCCAGGAUUUCGUAUGGGAGUUCAGAGAGCACUUCAAGCGUCUUUGGAAUUUGAAAAUUGGCAUUCCACCAUACGUUGCAAUCUGCAAUUUAAUCAACCAACUUGACACCAUGGAAACAAAGUUCGUCGUGGCUUUGACAAUUGCGGAUCUACACAAACGAGCAGAAAAGGUGGAUCUGUGGACUCAAUUCAAACAAGUGGACUUCUACGUGGUCUCUUUCAAUAUCAUCCAACGCCUUGAAGCGGAUGCACAAGAUCAGAACAUGCAGGAAUUGAGGUCACCCCCGCAGGAAAAUGUGAAAAACAAGCUCGACAUCGAGUCUUUCGAAAAGAAUCCGCAGGACUUCGAAGCAUCGCUUAACACGUACAUCGUGAAAGCGCCCAUUAUCGACCAGCCUGUUCGAGAGCCAAAAAGGUUCACCAACGCUGAUCGGAAGCACUUCCCUAAAGCCGGGGUCAAUCGAGCGGCCUACGCACAGCAUCUACGUGAAACAUUGGGAGCGUUGCCAAACAAGGAAUGUGCGUACUGUGGACAGAAAUUUCACACCGCUGCAAAAUGCUUUUAUCUCAACCCAUCCUCCCGCCCAAAGCAGUGGAAGCCGGAUCCUAGAAUCUGGGUCUUCAUGUAUGGGGUAGCGGGAGAAGAGGAGGUAUCACCCUUGAAGAUGCUCAUUUCGAGCCCGACUGAAAGCAAGAAAACAUUGUUACUCCCGGAAAGGAAGUCCUCAGAACACUGGACUGAGAAAGGCACAGUGGAGACCCUCAUGGUGAAGAAGCUCAAAGAAGCCCAACUGGAAAAGGACAAACUGGAGACAAUCGCAAUGAAGAACCCCGAAGACAGCUCGCCCGAAAACAAACAAGUGAAAGUGAAGAUGCCAGCUGAAAUUCCGACUGGCUUGAAGCAGGAGAAAGGUGCCAAAGAGGAAGCGGUUGGUGAAGACUCGAUGAUUGAAUCCGUGAACAGAUGUGAUACGGAUUCACCAUUUGUCGGAACUGCAUUUGAUACAUCCAAUUCAUUCACUGCAUCAAAACCCGACUGGCUUGUGGUUCAAGGCCGUGGCUACCAUGUAUGUGCUGAUCUGUCUGUCAUGACUGAAUAUCAUGAAUAUGGGCCCGAUGAUACCCCCUUCAGAUGGACGUGGAACGCUCGGGGACAACGCUCCGAAGCCCAAGCUCUUGGAAAAGGUAAGGCAAGAAUUAGCCUAUUGUUGCAAGACCGUGUCUCAAUCAUGCAACUUCACGUUGAUUGCGUCUACUGCCCAGAUGCCCGGUUCAGUCUUUUCUUCAUCGAAAAAGCCGAGAAGAAUCUCCUUAUCAGAUACAAUGAGGAAACCAAGACCUUACAUGACCUGGAGAAUGAUAUGAGCAUCAUCGGUUUCACGGUGAAUGAGAAGGGCCUUCCGUUCCUGGGUACCUUGAACUCGACCAUCCAAGAAGUCAAUCUGAUGGAUAUGGAUUAG